CGGACUAUACAGUAUGCCACUCAUCAAAACAGCAAGCAGGAAGGGAGGCGAUAAUUUUAAAUCUCCACCGUGGUUCAUGUGGACGGAUAAAACUGAUUUUGCAAUCUGACUGAGAAUCCUUUGCUGAAUACUAUCUGUUUUGAAUAUUACACUGCAAAACCGGCCAUGUCGACUGCGUAUUUACAUCUGGACGUCGAAGCUAGCUAGCUAGCUAACUGGCUAGCAGCCAACCACUGUACGCGACCCCUCUGGGAUGGUCGGUUUGUGCUAACGCGGGCAGGGAUUCCAGGCGUCGAGCUCCUCCUAUGCUGCUUGAAAAAUAAUUGAUGGUGUGUUCAGCUGGCAAGCGAAGGAAAAUGUAAUAUAUUAGCGAACAGAGUCGAAGACACGGGGGCUGAUUCCCAGUCAGUGAUUGAGGUAUUGGGAUUGACACCUUUAUCACCACCACAUCUCUCUCCCUCCUGGUGUGGAUGGAGGAGAGGAUGGCGUCCCACCUCCCUAUCCACCUGCUACUGCUGCUAAUGGCCUGGGGCCCAGGGUGCAGGGCAGGGGACUGCAAGGGCCACAGGCAGGUGUUGAGGGGACCUCCAGGAUAUGUCACAGAUGGACCUGGAAACUACUCUGUUAACGGAAACUGCGAGUGGCUCAUCAAAGCCCCCAGCAACAACUAUCGUAUUGUCCUGAACUUCACCUUCAUGGAGACAGAAUGCACCUACGAUUACCUGUUUGUCUACGAUGGAGACUCGUACCAGAGCCCCCUACUGGCCAGUCUGAGUGGCACCACCCUGCCUCAGCCCAUAGAAGCCAAGUCUGGCAAGAUGCUGCUUCAUCUGUUCAGCGACGCUAAUUACAAUCUUCUGGGAUUCAAUGCCACCUACACGUUCUCCGUGUGCCCUGGUGCCUGCGGGGGCCAGGGGCGCUGCGACACAGCUUCCUCCCAGUGUCAGUGCCUCUCGGGCUGGGGAGGAGUGGACUGCACCACCCCUCUCUGCCCCCAGGCCUGCGUCUUGCACGGCACGUGUGACAAGAGAGGAGAGCGCUGCCUCUGCAACUCGGGUUUCCUGGGUCAGAGCUGUCAGCUCGGUCUCCGUGACGACAGCGGGGCGGGGCAGUGGUGGAACGUAAACGGCGGCGACCCGUACACGCCCACCAGGACGGGGUCUGCUGGGGUCUACCUGUCCCCCACUGGAGCCAUGUACCUGUUCGGAGGGUUCGACCUAAACAGAGCACUGGGGGACUUGGUGAAAUACAACUUCAGCUCCAACCAGUGGGAGAACAGGUCUUACGGACACUCUCCAGUGGCCCGUCACUCUCACACAGCGGUAGAGUGGAAUGGUCAAAUGGUCAUCUUCGGAGGCGAGCUCGCUAGUGGCGCUCUGGCUAGUGACGUCUGGGUGUACCGGCCACUUCUGGACGACUGGAAGCAGCUCGGCCUAUCGGAUUCUCCCGGGGCCCCGAGACUUGCCAACCACGCGGCUGCCGUAGUGGACGAUUAUCUCUAUGUGUUCGGAGGGCGCACCGAGGAGGACAUGUUCUCCUCCUCCCUGUGUCGCUUCAGCCUGCAGGCUCCUGGGCUGUGGGAGUCGGUCCAGGCCACGGGGGGGAAGCCUCCGGCCACCGCGGGCCACUCCAUGGUGUUCCACCAGCCCUCCAGGACCCUGCUGGUGUACGGGGGCCACAGGCCCACCACAGCCAGGUUCAGUGUGCGGGUCAACACCACAGACGAGUUUCACGUGGAGCGGAGGUUCUGGACCUCGUUUCGCUCCCGUUUCCCGGCAACGGGGCCCAGAGAGAGAGCCUUCCACUCCGCCACGGUCAUCGGCAAUUACAUGGUGGUCUACGGUGGGAACGUCCAUAUCCAUUACCAAGAGGAGAAGUGCUACGAUGAGGAGAUCUUCUUCUACCACCUGGGCUGUCACCAGUGGGUGUCUGCUGGAGAGAGCCUUGUGUACAGAGGAGAGGCUGUGAGGGGGCGCUACUCCCAUGUAGCUGCCGUGAUGGAGGGGAGAGUGCUUCUGGUUGCCGGGGGUUACAGUGGCGUUGCCCGUGGAGACCUGGUGGCUUACAAAGUUCCGCUGUUUGUCAGCAGCGACCCAGGAGACAGGGACGCUGUGUGUGCCGAAGCACCAGACGAGAGCAUGUGCUUGAAGAACCCAGAAUGCAGCUGGUGCGAGGGGCGAUGUCGGGAGUACCAACCCAACGACCCGUGUGGCAGUACGGGCUGCCUGGGUCUGGCCCGGUUCCUGUCCGACUGCCAGUCCUGCUUGGUGUUCAGCGGAACGCCCAAGUCCCUUCCCCGCACGCCAGGAGACUUCGGCUGGUGCGUCCAGAACGAGUCCUGCCUGCCUGUGUCAGAGCGCAGUGCGUGCCGUGUGGACCAGAUCUCCGGGGCGUACGGCUGGUGGGGAGAGCGUACCCGUUUCCUAACCUCCCUCCACUCCUGUCGCACCGACAACUAUGUCCCGGGACUGCACCUGCUCACCUUCCAGCACCCCCGCAACGACUCCCAGCCCGACAAGGUGGCCAUCCUCCGCAGCACCUCCAUCAUCCUCAGCCCCACCACGGAGAUGGACGUCACCCUGCAGUUCCGGGGCUUCAUCCACCCGCUGUGGGGCGCCCCUCCGCCGGCGCCCCCCCCCACCGAGACGGUCUCCAUGUCGGCCCGCAUCCAGAGGCUCCACUUCGAGGCUCGCAUGGCCUCCGGACCCAACUCCUUACAGCUGAAGGAGGUGGUGGGUCACUGGGCAGCUCACCAGGAGAAGGAGAUCAAGCUGCUGUCUCGCCCGGACGGGAGUCUCCUGUUCCCCAACCUGACCCGGGGGAACCACUACCUGGUCCAGGCCGAGGGCUACCUGAAUAACUCCGGCUCUGGCCAGACCAGCGAGAUGGCCCUCAUCUGGAACAGGACUGCUCUGCCCGGGGGCAGUGAGAUUUCCUUCCUGUUCCUGGAGCCGUACCGCUCAGGCUCCUGCUCGGGGUACCAGUCCUGCCUGGCCUGCCUGUCGGACCAGUCCUGUGGCUGGUGCCCCUCCCUGGCCCGCUGCCUGGCACGCACCGGCCUGCACCCGGAGCUCUGCCCGGAGGACACGGGGGACGGAGAGCACCACCUGCUGUUGGCGCCACAACACUGCACCCUGUGUGAGGAAUACAGAGACUGCUCUGCCUGCACCCAGGACCCUUACUGUGAAUGGCAAAUCAACUCGAGCAAGAAGGCUGACUACCAAUGCAGCCGACGGGGGAGGCUGGAAGGUUCCAUUCGAGAUCCGGGGGUGUGUCCGAAAGUGUGCAACCAGAGGAAGACAUGCGGGGAGUGUCUGUCCAACUCCAGCCAGUGUGCCUGGUGCGAGUCUGCCCAGGCCUGCUUCUACUUCGCGGCCUACCUCACCAAGUACCCCUACGGAGAGUGCAGGGACUGGUACGACAGUGUCCACUCUGUACCCCAGUGUAAGCAGUGCUCUGCCCUGGCUACCUGCACCGACUGUCUGGAGACCUUCCAGUGUGGCUGGUGCGGGGACUACAACAACCCCACCAUCGGCAGGUGCCUGAGAGGGGACUGGGCGGGUUUGGACGAACCGUCCGUCUAUAACUGCAGUGUCGCUGUGGCAGACGUGCGAGCAACAGGCCCCGAGCCCCAGACCUCGGCCCCCCCGCGGCCCAUGGAGAUGGACAUGGAGCUGGAGCACCUGGAGGAGGGGGGGGACCAGGAGGCCGUGUGGUCCUACCCCACCUGCCCCGACGUGGAGGAGUGCCGGCUGGGCCUCCACAACUGCCACCCCUUUGCCACCUGCGUCAACACGCCCACCUCGUACGAGUGCCACUGUGAGAGGGGCUACACAGGAGACGGGACCCUGCACUGCAACCAGACAUGCUAUAACGAGUGCCGUGAGGGCCAGUGCAGCGGCAGCCCCAGGUUCGAGUGCGUGUGCUCCCUGGGCUGGACCUCUGACCCGGCCACGCUGGUCCUGAGCGGGGUGGAGUGUGACGUGGACUGCGGCUGUAACUUCCACAGCACCUGCAUCACCGCUCCAGGCAUCUGCGACCAGUGCCAGGAUUGGACCACGGGGCCCCAGUGUGAGCACUGUCGCCCCGGGAGCUUCGGCUCGGCUCUGGCCAGCGGCGGGGGCUGCGUGCCCUGCCAGUGUAACGGCCACGGGGACCCCCAGCAGGGCUACUGCCACAACCAGACGGGCCAGUGCUACUGCACACACCACACCCAGGGGGCUCACUGCGAGGCCUGCCUGCCAGGCUACUACGGAGACCCCAGUGAUAACGGCACCUGUUUCCGUCAGUGCCAGGGCCGCUCCGUGCUGCUGUCCUCCUCCUCCUCUUCCCCCCUGCCCGUCUCCUCUUCCCUGGGGUGGCGGGGGGGCAUGGGGGGCAGGGGCGGCCUGUCCCACUGCCUGUGGGUCCUGUCCGUGUCGGAGACCCUGACCCCCUGCCUGCCCGGCCAGCUCUGCCCCCCUGUGGCUCUAACCCUGCACCCUGACUCCCAAACGCAGUGCAGUAGCUCCUAUGUCUACGUGUUUGACGGCCUGCCUCAAUUCCUGGCCAACGGGGCGGUGCACUCCGACCACAACCUGAUUGGUGCAUUCUGUGGGACCACCCGGACUCAGCCAACCACUGUGGAGGCCACCUCGGGUGUUAUCUCUGUCUACUUCGAGGCCAACGUGUCAUCGGACCGGCCCCAGGGCUUCAACGCCUCUUUCUGGGUGCGUCGCUGCCGCCAGGGCCAGGAGGAGACGGAGGAGGGGGCACCGGUGUGCCAGGGGGUGGCCCAGUGCCGCGGGGGGCUGUGCCAGUGUCCCCAGGGUUACGGAGGCCCCCACUGCGACAGGCUGCUCUGCCCCCAGGACUGUGGACUAGCAGAGGGCAGAGGGUCCUGCAACAUGUCUCUGGGAGUGUGCGUGUGUUCUGAGGGCUGGGCUGGCUCCGACUGCUCUGCUCAAGUGGACUCCAGUAGCCUGGUGUGGGAAACUCUGCUAGACACACAGCUCACGGCGAACCAGGCCCACAGGUUUCUCCACAGAAUGGGCCACACCCUGGUGUCUGGGCCCAAGGGGAACCUCUGGAUGUACGGGGGACUCUCUCUGUCUGAGGGCAUCCUGGGAAACGUUUACAGGUACUCUGUCAACGAGCGUCGCUGGACUCAGAUGUUAACCAGCUCGGUGGACGAGAGCUCCGCCCCCAGACCUCGCUAUUACCACGCCUCGGCCCUGCUGGCCAAUCACGAGCCUCUCACAGCCAGUCACAACAUCAUGCUGGUGGUGGGCGGGAUCACCCAGAAGGGUGUGGCCAAUGACACGUGGAGCCUGAACCUCAGCAGCCUGGUGUGGAGGCAGUACAAGAGCUCGCUGCAGCCCCCGGUGGCGGGCCACUCGCUGACGGUGCGUAGGGACUCGUCUGUGCUGCUCAUCGGUGGUUAUUCUCCAGAGAACGGCUUCAACCACCACCUGCUGGAGUUCAACCUCCACUCUGGAAACUGGACCAUCGCGCCCCACACCGGAACGCCCCCUACAGGCCUGUACGGCCACUCGGCGGUGUACCACGAGCAGACUGAUGCCGUGUACGUGUUCGGAGGCUACCGCUUCAACGUAGAGACAGUGGAGCCCUCAGGGGAACUGUACAGUCUGUACUACCCCAACCUCACCUGGUCUCUGCUGGUCCCCUCACAGGGCAGUAAGCCCAUGUUCCGUUACUUCCACACAGCGGCCCUGAUGAAAGACACCAUGGUGGUAGUGGGCGGGAGGACCGAGGACGAGGACUACAGCAACUCUGUGUCCCUCUACCAGAUCAACUGUAACACCUGGAUACAGCCUGCAUCGGCGGCGGGCGAGCCGAUCAACCGCUCUGUGUCCCUGGCCAUGGCGGCGUGGGACGGGCGCCUGUUCCUCUCCGGGGGGUUCAACGGGGUCACGCUGGGGCGCCUCCUCACCCUGACCGUGCCCUCGGAGCCGUGCGCCCUUCUGCCGACCCCCGAGGCGUGCAACGCCACCACAGGCAGCUGCGUCUGGUGCAGGGGGAGCUGCAUCUCCACUGACGUGGCCGAGAGGACCGGCUGUGCCAUUGGCCAGUCGUCCUGCUCCCCCACGCCCCGCCUCCAUGAUCAGUGUCGCAGGCUGAAGACCUGCAGCGAGUGUCUCGCCAGGCACCCCCGAAUCCUCUCCAGCCACUCCCAGCUGGCCCCGCCCUGCAAGUGGUGCACCAACUGUCCGGAAGGCGCCUGCAUCAGCAGCUCUGUGAGCUGCACGUCGGAGCACGACUGCAGGAUCAACCAGCGGGAGAUCUUCCUGUCCAGCAACUGCACGGAGACCAGCUGCGACGCGUCCGACUGCCCCAAGUGCACCGCCUCCGGGAAGUGCAUGUGGACGCGCCAGUUCAAACGCACGGGAGAGACCAGACGCAUCCUGAGCGUGAACCCCACCUACGACUGGACGUGCUUCAGCUACGCCCUCCUCAACGUGUCCCCCAUGCAGGUGGAGUCGUCCCCGCCCCUGCCCUGCCCCACCCCGUGCGACCAGCUCCGCAACUGCACCCUCUGCCUCAACUCCAACGGCUCCGACGGCGGCUGGCAGCGCUGCAUGUGGAGCACGGCCCUGCAGCAGUGCAUGAGUCCGUCCUACGUGCCGCUGCGAUGCGAGGCCGGCCAGUGCGGACGCCUGCUGUCCAGAGGAGACUCCUGCUCGCCCCAGUGCGCCCAGCUCUCCCAGUGCUCCCAGUGCAUCGCCAGGCCCCAGUGUGGCUGGUGCGCUGCCCGGGGAGCCAAUGGGGUGGGCCGCUGCCAGCAGGGAGGACUGGAUGGUGUGAGCGACGGGGUGUGCCCCCAGAGGAACAGCAGCUGGUCCUUCCUGUUCUGCCCCGAGGAGGACGAGUGUGCCAACGGCCACCACGACUGCAACAGCACCCAGGACUGCCACGACCUACCUCAGGGCUACCACUGCACCUGCAAACACGGCUACCUCCUCAGCAGUGUGUCGGGCCAGUGUGAGCCGGUGUGCACGCAGGGCUGUGUGAACGGCUCCUGCGUGUCCCCAGGGGUGUGUCAGUGUCACUUUGGCUUCGUUGGGGAGAACUGCUCCUCUCAGUGCCGCUGCAACAAGCACAGCAACUGUGCCAACGUGUCCCGGCCGGACGUGUGCUUGGAAUGCCACAACAACACCAUGGGCCCCCACUGUGAGAAGUGCAAGCCUCUGUACGUGGGCUCGGCCACUGGCGGGGGAACGUGUCGCUCCUGCAGGGAGUUCUGCCGGGGGAACAGUGCUGUGUGUCUGUCCCAGGACCAGCACAGGAAGGCGCUGGAGAACCCACACAACCACCCGCUCGACCCUGACAGAAUCUUGCAGUGGGUGUCGGAGGGCCCCACGGAGGACAGCGCCGUCUGCGUGAGCUGUCAGAACAACAGCGUGGGGGACAAGUGUGAGAGCUGUCUCAGCGGGUUCUUCCUGCUCCAGGGGAAGUGCGACAAGUGUCAGUGUAACGGCCACGCGGACACGUGUAAUGAGAACGACGGCACAGGCUGCCCCUGCCAGAACAACACAGAGACGGCCGCCUGCCUCAGCAGCUCACAGAGCGACAAGAAAGACUGCUACCGACUCCAGUGCGCCAAGUGUAAAGAAACCUUCAACGGCACGCCCGUGAACGGCCGCCAGUGCUACCGGCAGCUCAACGUGGACAGCGACGCCUGCUUCGACCCGACCUCCCAGACCAGCUGCUUCCACGACCCCACCAUCCGCAACCUGCCCCGCGGGCGCACCGUCUACUUCUCGGCCCAGCCCAAGUUCACCAACGUGGACAUACGGGUCACCAUCGACGUCACCUUCGGCGAGGUGGAGGUCUACGUGUCCAACUCCCACGACACCUUCAUCGUGGAGGUGGACCGGCAGACGGGCGUCCACGUCAUCAAGAUCGAGGACGAGACGGUGGCCCGGGGAGGGGCGACCGGAGGGAGGGAGUCGCCCCCGUCCCCCAUGAAGGUCUAUGCCAACUCCUCGUCCGGCCUCGGGGGCCCCAUCCUGCCCGGCAACCCCCUGCAGCUCCAGGCCAAGGGCCCGGAGCGCGUGGUGAGGGAGGAGCGAGCGGAGGGCCUCAUCUCCUACAUCACUGUGUGGAAGCCCCAGACGGUGCUGAUCGUGCGCGGCGUCCGCGACCGCGUGGUCGUCACCUUCCCCCACGAGGUGCACUCGCUCAAGUCCAGCCGCUUCUACGUGGCCCUGCGGGGGGUGGGCACGGACGAGAGGCAGGGGGAGUCCCAGGGGCUGCUGUUCCUCCGGCAGGACCAGGCCCACAUCGACCUGUUUGUCUUCUUCUCCGUCUUCUUCUCCUGCUUCUUCCUCUUCCUGUCGGUCUGCGUCCUCCUCUGGAAGGUCAAGCAGUUCCUGGACUUCCGCCGCGAGCAGAGACGCCACAUCCAGGAGAUGACCAAGAUGGCGUCGCGCCCCUUCGCCAAGCUCACUGUUUACCUGGAGCCCGACGAGCCCCAGCUCAUCUACCUGGCCUCCACAGGGGGUGGAGGGGUGGGGGGCAGCACCGUGUCCCUGGCCCACGCCCGCUCCGGCAAGCUGGGGGGGAUGGUGGUUGGCCAGAGGGGCAGGACGGGAGUGGUCUCCUACAAGAACGACCCGGCCUCCGGCCCCGUCGCCCACCACCACCACCACCUCACCCUGGGCGGAGGGGGCAACAGCGGGCAGCACCUGCCCCUGCACUACCUGAACACCCACCACUACGCCCCCACCACCACCAGCACCCCUGCCUCCCACCACCACCACCACCCGUCCUCCCACAGCGGCUACCAGCACUUCUGUCGCUCUGACCCCUUCCUCUCCCAGCUCAUGGGCUUCUCCUACUCCACCUUCAAGGUGGGGCCCAUCACCCUGGAGCCCACAGACGACGGCAUGGCCGGCGUUGCCACGGUGCUCAUCCAGUUGCCGGGGGGCAUCCUGGCACCCAACCGUGCCUGCCUGGGCUCCGCCCUCGUCACCCUGCGCCAGAACCUUCAGGAAUAUUGCGGACACGGCAACGGAGGGGGGCACCCUGGGACUAGUGGGGGACGCAAGGGCCUGCUGGGGCAUCAGCACCUCACCACAAUGGCUAUGUAGAGAGGGAGAAGAGGGAGGGUUUGGUGAGAUGUACAGUAGGUAGAAAACAGAUUCAUUAUGUGAGGGAUCGAAAAAAAAAAACUAAAAAACACUGACGGUUGAUGAAAGCGUCCAAUAAGAAGUAAUGUAUAAAGAUCCAAUGGAACGUUUCCCUGUAAAUACACUGUAUAUUUACUGAGUGUCUUUUUUUCUUGGAAUAUAUAUUGCUGUAUUCCAAUGCUUCACAUGUCCAAGCCAGCUGCAUAGAACACACUACAACAGCUAUACGUAUCUACUCGACAGAGUUGCAUCUUGCCUGUGUGUUCACUAUGGAGAUAUUGAAUGCUGUCACCGGUCCAGGCUCACACAGAAACUUUUGCUGGAUGCCUGAAUGACUCCCGCUUGCAGUGGAACCAACGUGCUUUAAACCCAAAAAGUGACAAUCGAAAUUGCCGUUUUGAUUGAAUUAUAGACAGUGGGACCAGUUCACCUGAAUGUGCAAAAAUGCGAUUGUUGUUGGUUUUAAGAUAGAAGACAUAAAAAAAAGAGUAACAUGAAUUGUAAUUUAAUGAGUCAGGCUUUAAAGCUCUACAUCAAUGUUGUUCCUCCUGAGUAUAUUUUGUCAUAUUCUUUCACAUGCCCUGUUUAUUGUUGAUGUGCACAUCUCCACUCAUCUGCCUUCAAUUAUUGCCUUGUUUGUGAGUCAUCAUGCUUACAUUUAAACACUACUGUUUUGUAGCUUUAAGAGGACCUAACACAAAUGACAUAUAUUUGACAAAAUUCACUAACAUGAGGGUUAAGUGGAUUUUUCCAAUUGAGGAUUAACUUUCUAUGAUAUCAGCAUCUAAUCUAAUUUAUAAAUAUAAAAUACACGCACACAACAAACUGCUUUUUUCUAUGGAACUCCUGCAGUGAUGAAGGAUGUAGAUGUGUCCUAUGACACCAGUUUCAUUCUUGAAGCUUUGGACUUAAUUCUCUUAAUAAGAAAUGUAUGAAUGAGGCUUGUGUUGGUUUCCAGGGGGUUGUGUUUUGGGAUUGGCUGUGGAGAAGUAAAUCAGCUGUUGAAAAAUUCUAAUUUGUUUUGUAGAUGUUUUCAACAUUUUGUGAAGAAAAAAAGGGAUAAAAACUAGUGAAAAGUUGUGUUCUCCUGGUGAGAGAUUUGUGACCGAGGUAGUGAAAUCAAAUGUGAUGGAUUGGAAAAGAAUAUCAGUAUUGUUUAUUAAGGAGUCUGUUACUUUUGUUUUGUUUUUCUGUUUUGUUUUUUUGCACUGUGUGGAUGCAAACAGACUUCCCAAACAUGUGAAUCACUAAAAGGAUCCCUUCAGUGAAAGGGUUGACUUUAGUUAUCAUGAAAACAAUAUUAAAUAGUGGAAUUGUUUUUGGAAAAGAUUGAAUGGUGCUACUAGAAAUAGAAAAACUCAUGACACAUUGGUUUUUCAUUGUUGCUUGUGCAUGUAGCAGUCCUUUUGAGUAUUAUGGUCCAGUUAAAUUGAUAUUGUCACGCUAUUUAUAACAGUCAUUCUAUCCAGUCACAAGCAUUUGUGUAUUAUGGUUACCUGAUUUUUUUGUUAAAAAUGUUAACAUAAUUUCUUAUGUUUUUAUACAUUAUUUUCAUUGUUCUGCUGUUGUAGGUUUUUUUAAAGAAGGGAACAGUGCUGUACAGAAGAUGGUUAUGUUGCCCCAAUCUGUCCUAGUGAAGAGUAGGCGACAAUAAAAUCUGUGAAAGUCGG